UUAUUUGUUUGUAAUUUCUCAUUAAUAGCAGAAAAUCUGGAUUUCAUGUUUUUGGUUACUUAAUACUGAAUUCUAAGUUUACGUUUAAAUUAAUUUUGUUUAUCAAGUUUAAAUCAUAAUGGCUGACGUCUUAGACUUGAACGCUGAAGAGUUUGUGGAAGAAGAUGAUGAGGGAGUCUCUAAACUGAAAGAAAAAGCUAGAAGGAGAAAAGGACGUGGAUUUGAAGAUAAAUCUAAAAGAGAAAAUAUUAAAGAUGAAGCCAUGGAAUUUGAUUCUGUUGAUCAUGAAGAUGAUGGACCUGGACCUCAAAGAUCGGUUGAAGGCUGGAUUUUGUUCAUAUCUUCUUUACAUGAAGAAGCACAAGAAGAUGAUUUACAUGAUAAAUUUGCAGAGUUUGGAAAAAUAAAAAAUCUGCAUUUAAACCUGGACCGUAGAACUGGAUUUUUAAAAGGUUAUGCAUUAGUUGAAUAUGAAUCUUAUAAGGAAGCAUCUCGAGCACGCGAAGGACUCAAUAAUACAGACAUUUUGGGACAGCAAAUAAGUGUAGAUUGGUGCUUUGUGAAAGGACCUAAAAGGAUUAAAAGAUCAAGACGUCGUAUGGCUAAUUAUUAAUGAAUCAAAAUAUUAAAAAUGAUUUUUAAACAAUUAA